AUGUUAACUGCACUGCUUUCUUUUUCUCAUCAAUUUCUUUCUCUUUCUCAAAAAGUUCUCUCAUCACUUUCUUUCUCUCAUCACUUUCUUUCUCUCAUCACUUUCUUUCUCUCAUUUUUUUCUUUUCUCAUCCUUUUUUUCAAAAUUUUUUCUGAUCCUCACUUUCUUUCAUUUUCCUUUCUUUCUCAUCAUUUCUUUCUCUCAUCACUUUCUUUCUCUCAUCACUUUCUUUCUCUCAUCAAAAUCUUUCUCUCAUCACUUUCUUUCUCUCAUCCUUUCAAUCUUCACUUUCUUUCUCUCAUCAGAAUAAAAAAAACAAUUUUUCUUUCUCUCAUCAAAAUUUUUUCUCAUCCUUUUUUCUCACUUGUUUUUCCUCAUCAUUUGACUUUUUUUUCAUCAGAAAAUCGAUGGAAAGAGUGUCAGAAAUUUAAUUUCUGUAUCUAUCUUUCUAUCUCUCUUACUUUCCUUCCUCCUCUCCUUUUCCCCCUGUGUGCAGUCUCUGUUAACUGCGUUAUGCAGGAUUCCCGUCAUUGGACGUUCAAAGUUUCCCAACCUUUUUUUUGCACCAAGUCCAAGUUGGAUCGUCAAGUCAGUCUUGUUACAGAUCUCCGGCCACCUGUUGGUUACAGUGAAACAGCAAGCGUUUCAGAUAGAGUGAAAGAUAUUGACCCAGAUUUGAUUGUGAAACGAUCCUGGGAUGUUGCCCUUGGUCCUGUCAAGCAGGUGCCCAUGAAUAUAAUUAUUAUGUGGAUGGCUGGUAAUUCCAUUUCUAUCUUCCCCAUCAUGAUGGUUGGCAUGAUGUUCUUUCGACCCAUCCAGGCUCUCAUCAGUAUACAAAACACCUUUAAAUUGAUUGAAGGUUACCAAGGUCCUCUGCAGAAAAUUGUCUACCUGAUAGGCAAUGUCAUCUGCUUAGCAUUAGCUGUGUACAAGUGUCAGGUUAUGGGCUUAUUGCCUACGCAACCAUCUGACUGGUUGGCUUUUGUGGAGCCCCAAAAAAGAAUGGAAUGGUCUGGUGGUGGUAUCUUCUUAUGA